UGCAAUGAGAUACACGUACUCUUCUGCCCCUGGUUCUCCCUCCAUAAAGUCCUCCAAGCCAAAGUCAUUGUCAGCCAUGACAUCUCGGGCCUUUGCCUGCAGCCGCCGUGCUUCCUGCUCCUCCAUCUCGUUCGCCUCUUCAUCCUCAGAGUCCAGUUCCGCCGCAUUUGAUGAGUAGUAAGCAGCUUUGGAUUUGCCCCAGGCUUCCUCCUCCUCGUCUAAUUCAGAUUCCUCGUCGGAGGAUGCGGCAACUUUCGAGGUCUGUUUACCCUUCUUCUGUCUCACAACAGAUGGGCCAGGCUCGGGGUGUAUAUCAUCAGGGUCCUCUUCUUCCCCCUCAUCUUCAUCUUCGUCUUCGCCCUCCGAGUCGCUCGGAAUCCCCUUCAGAGCGAAGACUUCUUCCUCAUCGCCCUCGUCAUCCGACCUCAAAUCCUCCCCGUCAAGGAGAAUUUGGUCCCUUGCAGCAUGGACUUAAUAACAGAC